AUGCGGGAUUUGGAGUUCGGGGAUUCCCCAGUCCCACAAAUGCCGGAGCGGGGCGGCGCAGCGGGCGGCGGCGGCCCCCGGGUGGUGCUCGUCACCGACCUGGACGACGGCAGCGACUCCUCCUCCACGGAGUCCUCCUCCUCCUCGGAGGACGAGUCGCGCUUCCAGGAGUCCGCCCGCAGCUCGGACCUCUCUUCCGAGUUCUGGCAGAUCCAGAAGCUCGUCAAGUACAUGAAGUCAGGAAACCAGACAGCGACGGUUAUCGCACUCUGCUGCCUCAAGGACCACGAUCUCACCACCGACGCCAACCAGACGGCCAUAAGAGAUACCGGAGGACUGGAAGUUCUGGUUAACCUGAUUGAAACUGACGACUUCAAGUGCAAGCUUGGCUCCCUUUCCGUCCUGAGCAAAAUCUCCACAAACACAGACGUGAGGCGGUGCGUCACCGACCUAGGAGCUGUACCUCUGCUCGUGAACAUCCUUUCUGAUCAGGCCAAGCACCUGCAGAUCCUGGCCGCGGAGACGAUUUCGAAUGUCGCUAAGGUUAAGAAGGCCAGGAGGAGCGUUCGGCGGUGUGGCGGCAUCCCCAAGCUGGUGGACCUGCUGGACGUGAGCCCGGCGGCGCUGUGCUCGCCGCUGGACUCGUUGUCGGCCGACGACCAGCAGCAGGUGGAAGUGGCGCGCGCCGGCGCGAAGGCGCUGUGGUCGCUGUCGCAGUCCAUCAAGAACAAGGAGGCUAUGCGCAGGACGGGCUGCGUGCGUCUGCUCGCCAAGCUGCUCAAGUCCUGCCACCAGGACGUCGUCGUGCCCAUCAUGGGCACCAUCCAGCAGUGCGCCUCGGAGAAAAACUAUCAACUAGCAAUCCAAACAGAAGGUAUGAUAAUCGACUUAGUACGACACCUCUCUGAUGAAAGUAUGGAACUGAAGAAACACUGUGCUUCAGCUAUAUUCAAGUGUGCAGAAGAUGAGAUUACAAGGGAUCUAGUACGCCAGAACGGUGGUUUGGACCCAUUGGUGAAACUUGCUCGGGACAGCAAUGUCCACCAAGAUAAACCACUGCUGGCUGCUGUGACUGGGGCCAUCUGGAAGUGUUCCAUGAGCCCUGACAAUGUACGCCGGUUUGAUGAACUGAGAACUGUAGAGGUCCUGGUUAGUCUGCUACAGGAUGAAAGUGAGGAGGUGCUAACAAAUGUUGUCGGAGGGCUUGCCCAGUGUGCAAAAUUUCCUCAUAAUCGAGAAGUUCUGAGAAAUGCCAAAGGUAUUCCUCUGCUAGUGCAGUUACUGAACAGUACUAACCAGUCACUACUGGAGAACGUUGCCCUUGUGCUUGGUGAGUGUGCUAAUGAGAAGGAAUCAAUGGCAAUCAUUGAAGAACUUGAUGGCGUGAGGCUCAUCUGGUCUUUGCUGAAGAAUCCAUCACCUCGGGUGCAAGCAAAUGCUGCUUGGGCAUUAUGUCCAUGCAUCCAUAAUGCUAAGAAUUCUGGAGAAAUGGUGAGAAGUUUUGUUGGUGGUCUGGAGUUGAUUGUAAGCCUACUUCGUUCAAGCGAUAUUAAUGUCCUCGCCUGUGUAUGUGCUGCUCUUUCCAAAAUAGCACUGGAUAAGGAGAAUCUGGCUAUUAUUACAGAUCACGGUGUGGUGCCAAUGUUAGCACAACUGGUUCUAACACAAGAGAACCGUCUUCAAGAACAUCUGGCAGAGGCCAUUGCUAACUGCUGCAGAUGGGGCAACAACUGCCAUGAAUUUGGUCGUCUAGGAUCUAUUACACCACUUGUUGGUUACAUGGCCUCAAAGGAUAAGGCUGUUCAUCGGACCACAGCUUAUGCCCUUCACCAGCUCUCAACUGAUCCAUUUAACUGCAUCACUAUGCACCAAAGUGGAGUUGUGCCGUAUCUCUUGGAGACCAUAGGAUCAAGUGAUGAAAAACUACAGGAAGCUUCUGCUGGAUGCCUAAGCAACAUUAGAAAACUAGCGCUUUCUGCAGAAAAGUUUAAGAACAAUGAAGUUCCAUUUUGAAUCAAUUAGAGACAAUAAUAUCUGAAAAUCUGAACAUAAAAAUUUACUGAAUGUACUAGUAUGAUUCAGACAUAUAGCAAGAUUUCACUGAGUACUAUUUAAAAACUGUCAUAUAUUUUUGUAUAGUCUUAGGUUUUAUGAUACAUGCAGUAAUUUUGUACACUUUUAAACAAUCAAUGUACAGAAAAUUCUGCAUCUUUAAGGCAAAAGACAUUCACAGCCACUCGUUUCCUGCAAACUUUCAGAUACUUCCAAGAAGCAAGAAAAAUAAGAAGAUACAGGGAAAACUAUUGACUUGAAGUGAUGUGUAAAGUAUUUGACAAUGUUUUUGUCCAUCUUUAUAUACUUGUGUGCUAUUCAAUUGGACAUCUGUAACAGUGAGAAAGGGUCACUGAAAAACUCCUAACAUUUUCAAGACUUAGUAACACAAAAAUUCAAUAACAUAAAAUUCAAGUAUGAAAAUUCAGGAAUGAAAAUAUUUAUACUAACCAUACAGUGUAAUUCUUAAUAGUGGGCAAGGAAACGAAGCUAGUUCUUUGUCAUUAAUGACAUUAGUUUUGAAAAGACAUUUAAAUUCUAAAAGUCAUUCUUACACAUUUGGUGCUCAGCAGCUUUGAGAAAUUGCAAAUAUAUUGUUUUAAUAAUUAUGUAUUUGGUGUAAUAAUAAUAAUAAUAAUGAUAAUAAUA